GGGGCGGCGGGGCCGGAGCCCCUCUCUGCUGGGCGGACUCCCCAUGGCCAGAGGCUGAGCUCUCCUCCCGCCGGCCGCUCCCGAGGGCAAGGGGAAGAAGACCGGAGAGGAGCGAAAAGCUGCCGGUGAGCGAGCGAGCGAGCGAGCGAUCGCGGGGGACGGCCGCCGUCCCCACAAGUUUGAGCCUCUGCCGCGAGUGGACCUGCGUGUCCGGACUCUCCGCCGCCGGCGCCAGGACGAGAGCGCAGGGACUGGCCGGUCGUGGCGCGCCGGCUUUGUCGUGAUGGCCAGCUACCCUGAGGCCGAGGACGCCGCGGGGGCCCUGCUGGCCCCGGACGCCGGCCGCGCGCCCAAGGAGCCCGAGGCCCCGCCGCCGAGCCCCGGCAAGGGCGGGGGCGCCGGGACAGCCCCGGAGAAGCCCGACCCGGCGCAGAAGCCCCCGUACUCGUACGUGGCGCUCAUCGCCAUGGCGAUCCGGGAGAGCGCGGAGAAGAGGCUCACGCUGUCGGGCAUCUACCAGUACAUCAUCGCCAAGUUCCCGUUCUACGAGAAGAACAAGAAGGGCUGGCAAAAUAGCAUCCGCCACAACCUCAGCCUCAACGAGUGCUUCAUCAAGGUGCCGCGCGAGGGCGGCGGCGAGCGCAAGGGCAACUACUGGACGCUGGACCCGGCCUGCGAGGACAUGUUCGAGAAGGGCAACUACCGGCGGCGCCGCCGCAUGAAGCGGCCCUUCCGGCCGCCGCCCGCGCACUUCCAGCCCGGCAAGGGGCUCUUCGGGGCCGGGGGCGCGGCGGGCGGCUGCGGCGUGGCGGGCGCGGGCGCCGACGGCUACGGCUACCUGGCGCCGCCCAAGUACCUGCAGUCCGGCUUCCUCAACAACUCGUGGCCGCUGCCGCAACCGCCCUCGCCCAUGCCCUACGCCUCCUGCCAGAUGGCGGCCGCGGCCGCCGCGGCAGCAGCAGCCGCGGCCGCCGCGGGCCCGGGCAGCCCCGGCGCCGCCGCGGUGGUCAAGGGGCUGGCGGGCCCCGCCGCCUCGUACGGGCCGUACUCGCGCGUGCAGAGCAUGGCGCUGCCUCCCGGCGUGGUGAACUCGUACAACGGCCUGGGAGGCCCGCCCGCCGCGCCCCCGCCGCCGGCGCACCCCCACUCACACCCGCACGCGCACCAUCUGCACGCGGCCGCGGCGCCCCCGCCAGCCCCGCCGCACCACGGGGCGGCCGCCCCGCCGCCGGGCCAGCUCAGCCCCGCCAGCCCCGCGACCGCCGCGCCCCCGGCGCCCGCGCCCACCAACGCACCCGGCCUGCAGUUCGCCUGCGCCCGGCAACCCGAGCUCGCCAUGAUGCAUUGCUCCUACUGGGACCAUGACAGCAAGACAGGCGCACUGCAUUCGCGCCUCGACCUCUGAGAGCCCCACGCGAGCCGGACGCGCGGGUGCAGGGGCGCGCGA